UUGCAUUUCGCGUUUUGUGUUUGUCACCCGCCACACGAACGACCCUCUCGGUCCUCGGCAGCCUAUCAGAGCAGCGGUGCUCGGGGGGGAGGCGAGUUUUCCUGCCCUCCUGUUUCUCCUGAGCGGCUCUCAGGGGCGAAGCUGCAGCUACACGAAAACCAGUUUGUGGAGAGAGAGAGAGAGAGAGAGAGAGAGAGCGGUUUGUUAGCUGCUGGCUUCUCAGGUGCGUUGCACAUCCGCGUCAUUUCUGCUUACCUGUAAAAACAAGAGGUCACGUGAUCUCGAGGAAAAAAUGGGUGGGAGAAAAAAAAAACCUUUGCACUUCGGCAUUGAGAGAGAGAGAGAGACAGAGACUGAGUGAGUCCUCGGAUUUACAGCUCCGGAGUGGUGUAGCGUCUCUCUUGUCUCUUUUUUCCUGGCGCAAAAAAAGGACAUUUUUGUUUCCUGAUCAAAAGGAAUUCAAAGGAUACAAUGAAGAAGUUGCUUUGAGCCCAGGCUCGCGCUACAGUGUUCCUCAACACCGACCCAACUUCAAAGAAAUGGAGUGGUGGCGUGUGGCAGCGCUCCUGGUGCUUCUGUGUGUUUGCCGCUCUGACUGCGAUCAGCCCCGUGCCCAGUUUUCCUCCCUAACCACGAUCAGCACAGUAGUCCAGGACCCCCGGACAGGCCGGAUCUACCUGGGCGCCGUCGACGCCAUCCAUCAGCUGGACGCUAAUCUACAGAAGGAGAGUACAGCUCAGACGGGACCCAAAAAAGACAGCCCGAACUGCACUCCCCCCAUCACUGCCCAGUGUGUAGAGGCUGUGGAAACGCACAACGUCAAAAAGCUUCUGCUGGUGAAUCCGGCUCAGGGCACGCUGGUUUCGUGUGGCAGUGUCUUUCGCGGCAUCUGCUCCCUGCUCAAUCUGAGUAACGUUGAGCAGCAAGUGUACUACAGUGACAGCAAGACGUAUGUGGUCACUCCAGACAAGUCAGUCUCAGUGGUGGGAGUGAUCUCAACCUUUAACCAGUACAGUUGGCAACCGAUAAAUUUGAGUGUUUUCCUAGUAGGUCAAGGCUAUGGCAGUGCAGAUAGUGUGAAGCUGGUCAGCACCCGUCUGUUGCAAGUGUACAAUGACAUGGACAUAUUUGAGAACAUCGUGGAGACCUCCACUGUGCAGGCAGGCCCAUACAUGCAGCGCUACCAGCAUGACUUUCGCUACGCUUUCAAGCACAAAUCCCAUGUCUUCUUUCUGUUCUCGCGAGCAAUGGGCGCCAACGAUAACCGUAAGGUCAGCUUUUUGGCUCGCCUCUGCGAUAACGACCAGGAAUACUAUUCCUACAUAGAGCUUCAGCUCAGCUGCAGCAAAGGCAAAGACAACGUCUACAACAAGGUGCAAGCAGCAUACUUGACCUCUCCAGGGUCGAUUCUCGCCCAAAACCUUAGCUCGAAUGGCUUGCCAGCAGAUGAUGAGGUGCUGUUUGCUCUGUUCAGCAAACCGGAUGGCCAGGACUCUGCCCUCUGCAUGUAUCCUAUGAGCAGCAUCAACCUCAGACUGCAGGAGGCCCUGAAGUCAUGUUAUAGAGGAGAAAACAUUGACACAAAGCCAAGAGCUGUCAUGUCUCCUUACACCACCAAAAACGUGGAGCUUUGUCUGCCCAAGAGAGAGGAGUUCACGGUAAACAAUUUCCCUUGUGGAGCCGAGUUCCUGCCGUCUCCGUUGGCCACUACACCCGAAUUUGCUUUGAGUGCCAGCGCCAUCUACACCAGGAAAAGCCUGCUGACGUCUGUGGCUGUGUCUGUGGUAAACAACAACACUGUGGCUUUCGUGGGCACCAACACAGGAGAAGUGCUUAAGAUUUAUCUGACCGAUCACGCUGACAUGUACGGCAAAUUUCCAGGAGAUAGUAGCGAUGGUCCAGUUAGCAAAUCUAUGUUCUUUGAUUCCACAAUGGAUCAUCUGUACAUCACCACUAUGAAGAAGAUCACGAAAGUUCCCGUGCAGGCGUGUGAACAAAAAAAAGACUUUCACUCGUGUAUGAGUCAGAGAGAUCCGUAUUGUGGCUGGUGUGUCCUCGAGGGCCGAUGCACCAGAAAAAAGGAAUGCCGCCAAGGAGAGGAGAGGGACGCAUGGCUGUGGAGCAGGGCAUAAGUAACUUUUUUUUUUUUUUUUUUUCUCACGGAUUUCCGGAGUCACUAGCCAUUUAGCCUUUUUGCUAGCCACAAUUUUGUUACCAGAAAAUCGCACUUUUUUCUUCACCAUGAAACGUUAAUGUUUGUUAUAUCUAGAUUUACUUAUAAAUGACAGCAUGCACUGAAUCACUAUAUUCACUAUAUUGUACACUAUAUAACACUAUAUUACUAGUAGUCAAGUAUUCGGUACUGUUGAGAUAGCUCCCAAUAUAAAAACAUGCACACAUGAACAGUGUAUUCUGUUUAUUAACCUUAAAUUCAAGCUUCUUACGACAUGAAAUUGAAAAAUAACAGAUUCAGUACAACUGAACUCAUUCUGAUAUUAAAAGUACAGCAACUCAGAACAUUUAUUUUCGUUUUAGUGUGUUCUGUACUAUUAUCAGGUAUUAUUAUUCAUUAUGUAUUAUUAUAUCAGAAUUCUGAGUUUCAAUCAAUUGAUAAAUUUUCUAUCAUUCAACAUGAAAUCUAAAUAGAUUUUAAUAGUGAUUACUUUUUUAUAUAUAAUCAGUAUAUAUAAGUAUAAUCACUUAUUAUUUAUAUAUAAUCAGUAAAUAACCUAUGCGAAAGGGGCAAACAUUCUCAUCCUGUUGAGAAGCAAUAGCCCUUUAAGGAAAUGAAUGUGUGUGUGUGUGUGUGCGCAUGCGCGCGCACAAUGCAUGUGUGAACAUGUGUAGAGAGAGGUAUUAAAUGUCCUCAUUACAUUCAUGCACGUUUUAUGCACGUAAUAUUACCUUGCAAUGCGUUUAUUAUAUCGGAUGACUUUAGGAAAAACUACAACAAAAUAUAUUGUCAUACUAAAGAAUAAACUACCCGCCAAAGUGGCUACUGAGACUAAAGUUAUUACCUGGCACAGCCGAAUUUUACCCGCAUUUGGCGGGUGGGCGGGUGCCAAUAUCAAGCCCUGCUGUGGAGCCCCAACCAGAAAUGUGCAGGCAUUCAGAGUUUCGAUCCUCCCAACCUCAGCUGCAAGAAGACCAACCAGGUCAGAUACGAUUAAUCUAUCUCUUAAUAAUUUGUAUUCAUGAGGCACUUCUGGGAAGCUCAAACCUCUCCUGGUACAGUGCAAAUGUUGAUUCCAUUGUUAGUUCUGUUAAGCUUAUUACAGGGCUUUGUUAGACUUUAGUCCUGAAUCUCUACAAAUAAAAAAAAAAGUCAAUUGUGUAUUAAUUGAAUUUAGAUUGAUUUUUUAUUCAAUCUCUUUCGUGCACAACGUAACAUGUAUUUAGUGUUUGUAUUUUGUUUGGUUUAGUCUUGGUAGAGCUGCCCAUGUCCUUGAAUGAACUUAAUGCAUGAGCUCUUACAUAUCAGGUCCACUUUAUUCACACCUCUAUUGAACUUAUCAUUUGACUUUGCCUUUUUU